AUGCACUUGACCGAGGACGAGGUUUACCGCACCUCCACCCAGUAUCGCCUGUGGUCCUUCACCUCCGAACGCUUGCGCUCGCUGCGCGACUCGACCAACGUCAAUGCCGCCGAGCGCGUCAAGGCCAACAUCAAGCGCUUCAGGGCCCAGAAGUCGGCCGACGAUGCCGCUCAACAAAACGGCGCCAGUACUGGCGCCGACGCCCUCGACAUAGACCCACUCACCCCGGACGAAGAGCUCAAGCUGGUUAUCAAGAUCUGCAAGACCUGCGUCGAGUUUGCCGACUUUGCCAAAAAGAACACCAAGUUCAACUUCCCCACAAACGUCAUCGCCACUGCCGUUCAGUAUGUGAAGCGCUUCUACCUCUUCAACUCCAUCAUGGUCUACGACCCCAAGAAGAUCAUGCCCACAUGCCUCUUCCUCGCCACCAAGACCGAAAUCCACUGGACCCCGGCCGGCGAGCUUGCCCCGCUGCUGGGCGCGAGGAUGACCGCCGAGGACAUCCUCGCCCCCGAGUACCUCGUCGCCCAAGCACUGCGCUUCACAUUCGAUAUAAGGCACCCGUACCGCGGUCUGAACGGCGGGCACAUGGAGCUCAUAGCCCUGGCCAAGGGCGAGGCCGCGAUGCUUCCCGGCUCGGGCAGGACGCCGCAAGCCGCGCAGGCCGAGAUGCUGAAGCUACCGGAGCGAUCAGCGCCGUCGUCCACCGGCGGCAGCAGCGACGAGCGCGCCAUGGUGAACCGCAUCGGCAUUGCGUACAACGUCGCGCGCACGACGCUCAAGAGCAUCGCACCCAUCUCGGACGCGUACUUCUUCUACACGCCCGCCCAAAUCUGGCUGGCCGCCAUGCUGCUGGCCGACGAGCCGCUGACGCUAUUCUACGUCGACACGAAGUUCCCCGCCAGCAGCGCCGGCGCCCCCUCCUCGGACGACAAGCAGGCCGCCGCCGCGUGGGAGCUGCGGACCAAGCUCGUCGCGACCGUCAGGGCGUGCGCGCAGCUGCUCGAGGCGCAGCGCAGGGUGCUCGAGGGCACCGACCUCGACGAGGAAUGCAAACGCAUCGCCCGCAAACGCGACCUGUGCAGCGACCCGGAGAAGGCCGACCUGAUCGGCCUGCACGCGGCGCAGAAGCGGGGCGGCGCGUCCGAGGGCACGCUUGCCGAGGGUUUGGCGAAGAGGCGGAAACUGGAGAGGCAGCAGAGCCAGCAGCAGGCGGACGACUUUUGGGGCCCCGAGCUGAAGAAGGAGUGA